AUGUCCCAAAGGGUUUUAAUUACAUUUCUCUUCCUCCUCUUUCUUGUUCCUCUCCUUCUAUCCUUCUGUGUUUGGUACAGAAGUACUGAAUCAAGUGAUGAGCAUGGUGACUACAGAAGAAUUAUGAAAGCAGUGGCAUGCCCGAAGCCACACUUUGUUCUAGUGCAUGGCUAUGGAGGUGCAGCUUGGGGUUGGUACAAAAUCAGGGCCCUCUUGGAGACUUUUGGCUACAAGGUCACAUGUCUCGACCUCAAAAGUGCCGGUCUCGAUCGCUCCGAUGCUUGUGACAUUCAUACUUUUGAAGAAUAUAACAAGCCUCUCAUCAAUUUCAUGGCGAAUUUGAGUGAUCAUGAAAAGGUUAUAUUGGUAGGGCACAGUGCUGGAGGUCUGAGCCUGACAGACGCGAGUCACAAGUUUGGUAAGAAAAUUGGGGCAGCGAUAUAUGUUGCAGCUACAAUGUUAAAGCAUGGAUACAUGACAGACCAAGACAAAAAGGAUCUUCAGAUGAUGAAAGGUGCUCGGUGCCCAAACAGAGCAACACUCAUCUGA